AUGAACGAAAUCGACUUUGAAGAAUGUCUCAAAGAUUCUCCUGCUUAUCGAAAUCAACUUCGACAAGCAACAAAUCAUAUCGAUAUGUUAGAAGAUCGUUUAGAACAGAUGUCAAAAUCAUGUACUUCUGUAAUCAAUAAUGGGAAAACAUUUGUACAAGAAUUUCAAAAAUUUCUUAAAUCUAUUUAUGAUGUUCGUGAAUUAUUUUCUUCUGAUGAUGUAACUUAUAAAAGUUUGGCAAAAUUUGGUGAAUAUUUAAGUGAAAUACAAGCACUUUUUUCCAGUUUAUUUGAACAAACAACAAAUAGUGUUCUAAGAACAUUAACACGAAUGUUAAAAGAAGAUAUAAAAAAAGUAAAAGAUCAAGGAAAAUUAUUUGAACGUUUAAGUUCUGAUUAUGAUAUUGCUUUACAAAAGAACGCCGAUGCAUCAAAAACUAAACCUCAUGUAUGUGAAGAUACAAGUAAAAUUUUAAUAGCAACACGUAGUUGUUUUGGUCAUACAUCAAUCGAUUAUACGUAUCAAAUAAAUGUUUUAUUUAAUCAACAUAAAAUCGAAUUAGUUGAAUUAUUACUAUCAUAUAUUAAUAUUCACAAAGCAUUUUUUCAUCAAGGACAUGAAUUAUUAUCAAUAGAUACUGAACGAGAUUUUAAUAAAAUUACAUCACAAUUAACAAAAAUGCGACAAGAUAAUGUUCAAAAACAAAAAAGUUUAGAAAAAAUUCAUGAUACAAAUCAAAGAAAAUGUAAUCUUGAUGAUAACAGAACUGUUGAAGUAUCAUUAGAAAAUCAGUUAUCUGUGCCAAAAGAAAAUUUACCUCGAAAUGGAUCUCAACAAAAUUUAUCGAAUAGUCCUAAUACACCAAUAGCAGGUGUUGAACCAACUAAACAAGGUUAUUUAUUCAAACGUUCCCAUAAUAAAUUUAAAACAUGGAGCAGACGUUGGUUUUUAAUUCGAAAUGGUCAAUUGCUUUAUAUGAAACGUAAUAAUGCAAGUUCAACCAAUGAUAAUUCUCAACAACAAUUACCACAGUCAAUAAUGGUACCUGAUUUACGUUUAUGUUCGAUUCGUUCCGUCAAUGAUAUUGAUCGUCGAUUUGUUUUUGAAAUACUAUCACCAAAUAGUUCACAUUUACUUCAAGCUGAUUCUCAAGUUCAAUGUGAUCAAUGGAUUAAUUCAUUACAAUUAGCAAUAAAAAAUUCAUUUAAAUCAUCAAGUGAUAAUAUUCAAAAUUCAGCUUCAUCUUCACCAAAAUUAAAUGAUGAUUCUUCAAAUACAGUCUUAGCAGAAAAAAUUGAAUUCAAACAAAAAAUGAUUAAAGACAAAAUUGAAUAUGUACAUUCACUUCCGGGAAAUGAAAAAUGUUGUGAUUGUAAUGCAGAUGGACCAGAAUGGGCAUCAAUUAAUUUGGGAAUUUUACUUUGUUUAAAUUGUGGUGGUGCUCAUCGAGGUCUUGGUGUUAAUCUUUCAAAAGUUCGUUCACUCCAUAUGGAUACAUGGGAUUUAGAAACCUUACUUGUUAUGUCUGAAUUGGGUAAUUCACUUGUUAAUGAAAUUUAUGAAGCACAAAUAUCAAACGGAAUGCAAAAACCUAAUGCUGAAACAGAUGCUGUUACACGUCGAGCAUUUAUUGAAGCAAAAUAUGUUCAAAAAGCCUUUUUACAUCCAUUACCAUCAACUAAUGAAAUGCCUUCGUUCACUCGUUCUAUCAAACGAUCGCAUAUCAUGAAAAGUUCAAUAUCCAAUAAUAAUAAUGAUAAUACAUCAAAACUAUCUCAUCAUCAACUCUUAUCAAACAAAACACCACCAACAACACCUGAUCAUGAUAUAAUUAAUCAAGAUAAACUACCAUCAAUAUGGAAUAUGAAUACAUAUUUAUAUGAAGGAGCUGGUCAACGUAAUGUUAUAAUGAUGCUUCAUGCUUUAGCAUUGGGUGCAGAUAAAAAUUUUAUUAAUGAAAAUGAUCAUGGACGAACACCAUUAAUACAAGCAAUAUUAAGUAGAUCAGUUGCAGCUGCUGAAUUUCUUUUAUCAAAUAAUGCAAAAGUUAAUUUAGCUGAUCAAGAUGGAAAAACACCACUUCAUUAUGCAACACAAUUAGCACAUAAAGGCCGAGGACCAAUUAUUCUCUUAAUUAAACGUGGUGCUAAUCCAUUAUUAAAAAAUAAAGAUGGUAUUGAUGCAUGUUCACUUUCAAUGGAUGUUGGUGAUCCAGAUGUUAUAACAUGGUAUCGUUUAGUUGCAUUACAUGAACAAAUGAAAGAAGAAGAUGCUGAAGCUGAAAAAGCUUAUAUCUCAAUACUUGAUGAUUCUGUUUAUAUCAAAGAAAUAGCGAGAACACCUUCAUUUUCUUAA